AUAUUACGAUUUAUUUACUCUCCGGUCGCUAAGACCACGUAACUCAUAGCCAGGUGAACAUGAAAAAUGACAAGAAAACUUCCAAAGAUGAAAAGCCUUUUAAUAACGGUCAAAUCAAAAGGUGAUCACAAAUGCUAUAGUUUGUCAGUCGAAUAUUAUUCGAAUUGCCUAUUAUUGGAAUUUACGAACAUUGACAAGAACAGUGUUCAUUUAUUUCUAUAGUUUUUUUGGCAGGUUAUAAAUUGUAGACAUUUCAGCACCAGCUGGAUUUACAUAGCUAAUGCCUUCGACAAAACUAAUGAAGGUUCCGUAUUUUAAAUAAAAACAUUUCGUGUCGCUAAAAAGUUUUCAUGCUGUUACGAUAAUGAUUUUAAUUUAGCCAUGCGGUUUUCUCGAUUUCAUGUCCCAGUACUUGUGCUUCAGAUAUCUAUAUUGAAUAUCGAUCCGGUUUAAUGAGAGAAGAUGAAGCUUGCGUUGUUAGCUUGCGUUGUUAAUCUCUUAACCGAAGAACUUCGUUACCGUAUAUUGUCCUCUUUAAAAGGAUUUCUCAGUGUAAUAUAACAUAACGCAGAAUUGAACCUUCUGCAUUCCAUCUUAAAAGACUGACAAGUGUUUUACUCGUUAGAUCGUUCGACCGGUCGCUGGGCCAACGAAACUGAAAAUAAGAUGACAUACAUAUUCCGGAUAAAUAAUUCGAAGUUAUUUUUCGUAUUAAAAACGAAAAUUUAUGUGAAACAGAAACAAGGAAAAAAAUAAGGCAUGAAAUUAGAAUGACACUCCCAACACCCACACGGAAACAGGUAAAUCGAGGGUAUACAGUUUGAUGUUCAACACUGAAACCCUUUCAAUAUGCUUCGAAACCUUUUAGUUCUUACGGAAUGUGGACAGUCCUGUUUUUGCCUUUCGUUUGAGAGAAAGCCUUCGUUAUUCCUUGUCGAUGCUUUGCAAUACUGAUUCGACAAGUUCGGGUAUUGGGAGUAGCACGACCACUGCAUCUCCGGUCCUUCGAGAGCUAACGAAAGCUGGCGAUAAAGAAAGGUUACAACUCUUUCAACUUUCGUUUGCGCUCGAAAGACCUCGAAAAAAAAAUGUGGUCUUCACGUUGUCUUUUCAGAGACUGCUUUCGUUUAAAUCAUUUGAUAUCAGAGAUUUUUUCGCUCACCGCUGUCGCUGAAAAACCCGAUCGAACCGAUCAAAUUUUCACGGCCCGCAUUACGGAGUUUGCGAAGUCAAGUUUCCGCUUUGCCUUCUAUAAGACCAACGCUGAUUUCGUUCGGUGAGACGUGUCUUAAUUUUCUAAUCCCAGUAUGGUAAAAAAAUCAUCUUAGCUUCUCCGUAAAAUCACUGGCAAGUAUCAAAAUGCCCUCAAGUGAAGAACAAAACAUGAAACCAAAGAUUCUAUCGGGGCGGAUCGGCCAAACGAAGGAAAAAUUCGUGUACAACUUUGUACAAAUAAACAGUAGUGAAAUGAAGAGCGCAACUUCGAAACCUAGCACAAGGUUUCUUUGUCGAUUAACAGACUACGUAUCCUACUUGACGUUUAAAGGGCCACGUUGCAGAAACAUGUCGUCGCGUCGCUUUAAAUACCGGAUGUCGCAGAAUUCUUGACCAUACAAAGAAUAGAAUAAAACAAAAUUCUCGACCCCAAAGGUUCACGGAGUCGAGAGAGUAAAGAAAAUUAUCAGAUUUCGCUAAAACACCAGUCAACCAGACCAUCUGGUAGGAAAAUAUAAAUUCAUCUGAAAGCACAAUCUCAAUAUUUGAUGCCCCACGACAUUUUUAGAAGCGGCAGCCGAAGAGAUUAUCGCUGAAAAAUCCUUUGUUUCCAAUCUGUUUGAUGGGCUGUGAAUUAUUGACUUUUUGAAGGAAAGAGAAUUUAACCCGCAAACAAUCAUUUCCAUUGAUUUUCAUCGUAUAUUGUUUGUCCGCCACCGAAUUUGCAUACUUGAAGUUGGAAACCAUUGUUUUGCCCAAAUCCAGUUUUACAUUUUCGAUUAAAAAACUCCUAUUCAUACGAAUAUUGUUGUAACAAGGUCUGUUCCACUUGAUUGAAGAUUCGACAACAACUCAUGUUUGGUCACCGAUCGCCUCGUGUAGCUUGUAAAUGAAGCUAAAAUCGUCUAUUAAUUGAAAAGGAAAGUCUGUGAUAUUUCCUUGCGAACUGUUUGACACAACAUUUCCUGAUUUUCAGUAUUUUUUGAAAAGAAUCACACCACCUUCGACCUCGUGCCACGCUUUGUGUUUCCUGUGUGACGUCACUAAACGUCUCACGUGACAACAGGUGAAGACGCAUGCGCGUAACCACUGUAAGAUCGUUUUCUCUCGUAAGCAGCAAAAGCAACUGCAAAUGGCGUUGACUGAGUUGUAUUUUUUGUGAAAAUACUUCUCCAAACGGCGUUAUAUUUGGGAAUUUGAAUGAGCAGACGCCCUCUUACAAGUUUAGGGUGGCUAUAGUUUGUUGGAACCAGCGUCAGUGUUUUUUUUGUGGUGGAAAUUAAACUUGUUUUACGCCAGUGUAAGUAGCACGAGUUAGAUGACUGUGGUUGUAGACCAGCCCUCAACGGACGCUGUUAGGUUUGGUUGUGUGCCUAAAUGCAGUGGCAGACCAUGGCUUCUUAUUUAAUGGCAGUUAAACUUCCAUCUUCUGAUGAAUCAUGCAGAUAAAAAGUAAUGAGCUUCCAUCCUCUUAUCGAACCAACACCUCCAGAGACCUACGAGCCUAUGACUGCAGGAUCAGACCCUCAGCCGGCAGAAUCUAGCACUGCGCCAAAAAUGCCCAGUAUUUCCUCUAUCCGGCACAUCCCCCAUAUCUUGGAUCAUAAUUAUGGGCAGCCUCCACCUAUGACUCCUCCCGAUUCAAACAGUCCGGGGCCUGAGGAUGGCGAUACAGGAAAUGAGGAUGACGAAGAUGAUGGGAUUACACGAUGCAUUUGUGAGUUUGACCAUGAUGAUGGUUACAUGAUUUGCUGUGACAAGUGCAGUGUGUGGCAGCACAUUGAGUGCAUGGGAAUAAGUUCAGAUGCUGUACCCGAGAACUACCUUUGUGAUCAAUGCCAGCCAAGGACAUUAGAUAGAGACAGGGCCAAGGCAAUUCAAGAGCGCAAAAGAGAGGAACAAAGUGACGAUGAUGAUGAGGAGGAUGACAGUGAAGAAGACAGGGACACGCCAACAUACACAGCUAUCUCUAAUACACCAACAAGAAUCACUUUAACAGCCAAAGGCAGCCAGAAAAGAAAGCGUGGGCCCAACAAGAUCAAGGUGAAGGAUCAAGUCAUUCUUCAUGUUGAAAACCAUGAGAAGGAGAAGAAACCAAGAAGAAGAAAGAGGCAAAAGCAGAAGCCUCCCCCUGGAUUUGUCUCUGUUGACGAGGAAACCAGUGAGGCAUGGGAAAACAUGUGUAACUCAUCUGACCACUAUGAAGAGCUGAAAGAAAAUAUCUACACCAAGGAGGUUGAACUUCUAGCUGUAAAUUCCAUACAGGAAAAUGGAUUCUUGCCCUCUGUUGCUAACAAUGAACAAUUAUGCAAAGUGGUUGAAGUGCAGAAAAGUAGAAAGGGUAUCGUGGCCACAGAGGACAUGGACAAAGAAAAAUUUAUUGUCCAGUGCAAGGGGAAACUUAUGCUCCUCUCCAAGUUUGAAUCAGAGAAUCCAUUCUUCAAAAGAUGCAGUCCCUAUGUUUUCUAUUACUCUGAACUGGACCAUUUAAAGCUGUGUGUUGAUGCAAGAACUCAAGGAAAUGAUGCAAGAUUUGCCAGGAGGUCCUGCACUCCAAACUCAGAGGUCAAGCACUUUGUCCUCAGUGGAAAGCUGUGCCUAGGAAUCUUCUCUGCUAGUGCGAUACCCAGCGGAUCUGAAAUCACCAUUCCAUUUGAGUUUGGGUUUGAUGAGUAUCAUAGUUUGGUAGACUGUGCUUGCGCUCAGGACAGUUGUGCUGCAAUGAAAUACAACCAGAAGUUGCAAAAUCAAAACCACGAGAGUAAUACUCAGAAAAGAUUCAAGGCACAUGAUGACGAUAGCAACUCGGGGCCACCCCAAAAGAUGUCCCCUCUUGGAGCAUCUCUUGGUAACAGUCAGAGCUUGCAGGGUGACAGUGACUCUGAUGCGGAGAACAACCCCGAAAAGCGAGGCAAAAAAAGCAGAGAGGAGAGAAAGUUGGAGGCUUUACUGAGACAGAUUGAGAAAAUGGAGAAGAAAGAGAAGCGCAAGCAACAAACUCAAAAAGAACACAAGCACGAGCUGAUUAGCCCAGUGAGCCAAGAUGUGUCGUUGAACAAGCUCAGCAGCAAAAAUAUAAAAGGAAUAAAGCGGGCCUUGAACAGGAAACGAACAGGAAGAAAGCGAGCGAGGCUGUCAAGUUGUUCGUCUGAGCCUUUGUCUCCUGAUGACCACAGCAGCACUGCAUCUACUCCCACUACACAAGAACUGAGCUCUGUGACGCCAUCCACAUCGCCCAACAGGAACUUCAGAUUCCCAAAGGACAUUAAACAGUCUUUGGAUGAAGAGAAGAAAGACACUCCUAUCAAAGAUACUUCUGUCUCUGUAAAAACUGAACCAGCAGAUAUUAGUGAGGCCUCCCUACCUAACUCUCCCAUUACGCCUAGAGAAGAAAGUGAAACUAAACCUGUGAUUAUCAGCACAGCUAGUAGUACAACUGAUCGAGAUGCAACUGCCACACCUGACAAUGGCAUUGUAACGACUGAACAAGUUGUACCUUUGGCUGCUGAUAUACCAGUGUGUACAUCAAAUACGGCGGACAGUACGCAGCCCGCAAAAGAUUUAAGUAAUUCACUCGCAGAAUGUGUGGUUGAGGUUAACGUGGCUGAGGACAGUGGUAGAAAUACCCCUAGUCCAUGUCCAUCAACUACAGGCUCCCCAACUAGUGCGGAGAGUGUAACAAGCAGUUACAGUGGUUCUGCAGCAGAGAGAGUAAGUCCAGGACCUGCCCCUGGGAGUCCUGUGGCCUCUGUCAGAUUUGGCCACAGGUCAACAAGAACUAAUCCACUGUAUGGAUCUUUGAAGAAGAGGUGGCUGUUUCAGUACCUGUAUGGACAAAACUUAGUCAACGAAAGACCCCCCAAUGGAUUCAAAGUUAACGUUAGCAGCCCCAUGAAUAUACCUUUGAAUGGUAAAACAAUUCCAUCCUCUUUGAGAAGAAAUGGGCUGCCAAAAAUUGUAGAUACUUUACCCCUGAAGAAGCGGCAUUUGAAAAGAUACCAAGAGAUGUCGUCCGAACCCGAGCAAUCUGCAAAUUCAGCGAGAACUUUACCAACUGAGCCAGCGUGUGGCGAGCCUCUUAUUGUUUGCUCGCCCACUGCGCUAGAACAGCAAGUGCAGAUUGUAUUAGCAGAUAGUGUGAACGAUUUACAACCACACAGAGAAGAGGGUUUAACGGCUACAAAUGAACAAACUCAGCUAAGAGAUGAAUUACUUUUAAAAGUGAACGUUUCAAAUGCGUCAAACAUUGUGGAGACCACAAAUUCGACAGUCAUUUCCGAGAACAAUGCUCUUACGGCAACAACAGGCGACUCUAGUAUCUUGCAGAGAAGACCGAGCGAUCCUCGGCUUGUAAAUAAUUCACCGGUUUCUAGCAUAGCUCCUGUCGUUUCACCGGGAUAUCCUCCGCUUGUGGUGGCCGGCGCUGUUUCGCCCGUGUCUGUCGUGGCAACUAUUCCUGGGCAACCUGUGCUGCAGCUUUCACAGGGUAAUGAUACGUCUGGGACACCAGGAAAGAAAAAGGUUUCAUUGCUAGAAUAUCGCAAUCGAUCUCGGAACAGACUCUCGGUGGACACGCCGAGGACAUUACCACAGCAGUCUGCUGGAGUGACAAGUAUAACUAACGGUCCCUCUUCGUCAGGCUUAUCGCAUCUCGUCAUGAAAUCGCCUUCCCUUCCGAAUCUCACCUCGCCAUCAACGGCACCGUCCCUUGUCCAUCGACCGAUUCCUAGUAGUAGUGAAAUUAACGGGCCUCAUGUGGAGCCUGUUAGCCCAGAAAUGGAAGAAAAGUCUACAGGCUCGCUGCAUCGAGUGACGAAAAUUUCCAACAGCGCUUAUGGACGAGUGAGCACCACUUCUUCAAGAAGUUCGAUGUUCGGUGAUGGAGAUUCGCGCCUCAAGAGAGAAAUUCAAACGAAACACGCACAAGAGCAGCUGACAAGAAAGGAGGAAGUAAGGGCUAAGGCACAAGAAAAGCUGAGUUCUUUCAUCGCGGAGCAACUGCUAAAAGAUUCGACUCCAAAACUAUCUAAAGCGCCCUCAGUAAUUGGAAGAUCGCCUUGUACCAGCACCAGCAGUGAGUCUUCGAAUCCACCAACGGAACUAACGGGUGACGCCAUGGAAAUCGAGGAUGAGGACAGCAAUUCAAACUCCGAUAUUUACGUCAAUACUCUGAUGGCCGCUCCUUCCGCUCACUCACACUCCCAGCAUAUAUCCCAUCGUCCUUCGCUCCUUGCACAAUUUACUCAACCGAAUUACAGAAUAAGUCACUCGCAGCAACCUCUGUAUUUGACAACAGCCGCGCCCCAGCUUACCUCUCCGUCGCAGCCACCGACGCGGCUACCAAGCAAUUCGCCUCAGUAUCUUGUGACCAGCCCUUCAGCUCCAGCACACGUCCGUUUUCAACCUCCGUACCAAGCCGCGCCAUCACAGACGGCUGGUUUCUACCACCACUGAAUUUUGACUGGCUGACGAGAACUCGGUUAAAUGAAAGAAGCUCUAACUUGUGAUGUAUUUAGAGACUGGUUAUUGUAAAUUUCAAGUUUAGUUUUAUCUAGAGCCAAGCUCUUUCUGAUCAAGGCGAACGCUUUUGCGUUCGUUCACUGACAAUUUAUGUUGUUGGUCUUGGAUUCAUGUGAAGGAUGAUAAAAAGAAGAGAUCUUGUUUCACAAAUUGCAUUUAAAUUGGUGAUUUUUCGGAAAGUUUAGCAGUGAGUUGUUAGGAUUUGUUGUUCACGUAAUUCUCGAAUCAGCAAUGUUAAUGUUAGGUUUUACGAACCAUCGCGACCAUUCCAUUGUGGUUUAAAGCCUACUAAAAGUUGUUUUACAUUCUCACAUACAUCACUUUGUAUCAUAGCCCUCCCUGUAUCUUAAAACUGUUAUUUUAGAUGGGAACCAAGAGUUAAUAAAGAUGUGUAUGGCUAAUGCCGUUUCGUAACA